CCGGAGUAUCUCGCAUGGCCAACAAGGAGACAGGAAAUCUUUGCUACACUAGCUGCGCUCGCCCCUCCCACGCCGUUCUCGAGUCAUCAGAGGCGACCCGAGGCCGCCGUCGACCCGGGCAUUGAUUGCUUCUUCCUGCAUGCUGUCUCAGAUGCUGACAGCUGCACGCACGCACGCCGCACGAUGCAGGCUGGCAGCAGACGUCGACUGUUGUCGCUGCCCGAGGCUGCCGGGCAUCCUUGCGACGAUAUAGCUCGCAACCCUUGGUAUCCCAGGCCAGGCUGUCGGUACAGCGGUGGUCCCGUCCUUACCGAGGCUCCGAUAUAGGGUCUCUCCACCCGGCUGCGAGUCUGCGACGAGGGCGAGGGCGCGCGGACGUCGUCUCGACGUGCCAUGGCGGUACACAGUACUUGUGCGCCUGCACUGGCGCUGCAUAGGAUGCCGUGUGUGCUAUGCCGUGAAGUCCUGAUCCUCCAGCUCCUGGCGUUGUCCACUUUAUAUUAAAAUUGACAUGCGAACCACCUGCCCGGGGCCUGCCCGGCCCUGCAUUUACCCCUUCCCCUAUUUGAUCCCGCCUCCCGCCUCCCGCCACUUCAAUAAGCCAGGUGCUCUGGCAAUCUGGUACUGUCUGGCCGUGUGUACCGAGUACUGGAUACCAAGACUUGCAACACUCUGCCCCAGGCGCAUCAUCCUUAUGCAUAUGUCGCCGAGCUACCAGUGAGGUGGCGGCGCUGCGCUUGUUGGUCCCAAGCCGACCCAAGUCGAGCCCCAGAGCCCCGCCCUCAGUCAUCCACCUCCCGGAUCCCAGCCCCAGCGCGCAUCACUUUAAGUAUUACGUCUGCUUCCCUCUCCCGGGAGCCUGCAUCCUGCGCUCGUGUGGUUGCCGUUGAGUGUGCCUGCGUGCCUGCGUGAGAGCCUGCCAACCUGCCUCAACAAACCCACCCUCCCCUCGCAACACACAAUUAUACAUCCGGCCUACCUGCCACCCUCCUCCUCCGACCGACAACACCACCACCACCCCCUGUUGCCAGCCGCGCGCCUAUACCUGCCUGCAAGCGCCCCGAGGUGACCCCACGCACACAGGCCCUCGAUAAUAGAAAAAAAAAGGGGGGAUCUCAAAUAAAUAAAUUAAAUCAAAAAAAGAAAGAAAGAAAAAGAGAAGAAAAAGAAGAGGGAGACAGACCAUGGCGAGCCCGGAGCAGCCAACCGUCGCUCCGCCCGCCGACAUUGGCGCGGUCAACGUGGUCGAGACGCCGACGUCACCCUCGUCGGCGUUCACGCUGUCUCGGUUCGAGUUCGAGGCGGGCACCAAGGGCAACGAGGGGACCAAGAUCCUCAUGGUGGAGUGGGAUGCGCGCGCCGCCAUCGACGCCGCGGCAGGGCCGGGCGGGGCGGACCGGGACGGCGAGCUGGCCCAGGACGGGUGCGACGACGACGACUGGGAUGUGACGUGGGAGGGCAAGGGCCCCGACGGGGGCAGCAAGGAGGACUUCACGGUGCUGCCCAUCCGCGACACGGACGCCCCCGAGGGCACGCGCCGCGUCUACUUCCUGCUGCCGCCGGGCGCGCCCAUCCCCACGCUCGUGACCAUCGCCAGGCGCACGGGGCUGACGGGGCUGACGAGGCUGACGGAGCUGCGCACCAAGCCGCUGCCCGCCAUCUUCCCCGACGGCCUGGUCAGCGAGAGCGAGGGCAAGGGCACCCGCGGCGUGCUGCACACCAUCUGGGCCAAGCGGAGGCUGCGCGAGCUCGACGCCGAGGUCGCCGCCGAGAUGAGGGACAACAGCGAGAGCGUCGGCCUCGAGAUGGUCCUGCAGGAGCGCCAGUGGAUCGUCGACCACUUUGGCCUCGAGAUCGACACCUCCAGCGAGGGCGCCAUCGCCCCCGUGCCCCAGAACCCGGACAGCUCCAGCCCCGUGAGCCCCAGGAGCCCCGUCGGCGGCAGGCUGGGCGAGAGGCUCAGGGGCCUGAAGCUGGCGACGUCGCCCGCCGAGCUUGCCGCGGCCAAGGAGGCAAGCCACAACGAGGCAAAGAACUCGGCAGCAGCUGAGCGCAAGAUCACCGCCUUCACCCCGGCUUCAGGAGGCGCAGGCCUGGCACGGCCGGCCGGCCCAGGAGGCAUCGCGUCGCUGGGCGCCGUCAUUGAGGGCGGCGCACCAGCCCCAGAGAGGAGCGUCGACACAGAAGAGGACCUGUUCGCGCUGCCCAUGAGCCCACGGAGCCCUGAGGAGGCCAAGAGCCCCUUCAGCAUGCUGAAAUGUUAGCGGGUUGCGCCUUUACUAUAUCAUAGUCCUCCUCUACUUCUUCUUCUGCUCUUCUCACCUCACUACUCUACGCGUCACCACCCCUGAAAAAGUAUAAUCCCAUACUUUCGUCAAGGGCCUUGAUACUUCCGCGGACAUACAUUUUUACUUUUUUUUUAUACGACGACUCAGACUUCAGCCGAUAGCAUCUUUGGUUCGGACGCCCAUCAUACCUUGUUCGAUUCCUUUCAGCCGGCAUUUGAAAACUGGUUGUCCUGAGCGUGCAAGGCUCGUUCUAUAGUAUAGCAUCUAGAUACCUAUUCCCCCGGGAAACCCCAAUUUCUUCUUGGCCUACUCCUUGGCCCCUUUCUCAGUUCACGCCCGGCAUUCUUGUAUUCACUCGCCAUGUGACAUGAAUGGAUGAAGCCUAUGCUUUCCUGUACACGAUGUGUCCAUCUACCUACCUUGGAGGCGGGCCGGGCGAGUGGUGUGUAAUGCACCGGGCAAGACUGCUUCAGUGCGAUACACUUCAUGAGCCUGUCGUGCAGGAGGGCAUCAGAGCAGCGCGGCGGUAGUCCAUGACUGUAGAGCAUCCCGGCCCGAGCCGGACAAGCAUCCAAUCUGUAAGAGCCUCUCGGCUCACAGGGCCGGGCACUGCUCAUCUCCAACCGCCCACGCGCCCCUCGUCCCACCUCUCCUUCCUCUCCUGGCGGAGGUAAUGCAGCUUCUUGGCCUCCCUGUACCGCCGGACCCAGUCGAGCGUCUCCCUCUCGGUGGCCGCGGCCCCGUCGUCGCCCUCGCCCUCGAGGAAGCUCUCCUCCAGCGCCGCGCACACCUGCCCCUGCUCCGCGACGCCCGCGCCCAGCCGCUGGUACAGGCUCGCCGGCGCGAACGGGCUCAGCGCGUGGUCCAUCUCGCUCUGCUUGGCGCGCCACGCCCGCUCCGACGCGUGCGUGCUGAGGAGCAGCGCCUGCGCCGACCCGCGCGCGUGCGCGAGCCGCGACUCGAGCUCGAGGAGGUGCGUUGCGAGGUCGAUGUUGGCCGAGAGGCUCGACGAGAGGGCCUCGGAGCUGGUUGUCAGGGAGGGGUGGGCUGUCGAGGGGCCGUGGGUCAGGCCUGAGAGGAGGGCGGGGGUGGAGAGGAUCUCGGCGAGGUCUUGUUUCCUAAGCCACGGGGGAGAUGGUCAGAAUGCCGCCCGUCCUGGUUUCAACUGGGGAGAGAUACGGUUGGGGCAACGGACGACUUGUCUUCAAGGAAAUGGGGCAGCCAUUGGUCGCCAGGGUCUUGUAUUGCUUGCGGCCGAGUGACCUGUGCUUGUUGCGACGCCGGUAUUCCUGCGGGUUCUGGGAGGUCGGAAUGUUGCUGCUGAUCUGGAAGUGGUGAUGGCCCGGGUGGUUGUGUAUUAAUGGGCGUGCUCAUGCGGGAGACAUCGUGGCUGCCCGGCUUGGGUGGAGGAGCGGGCGGUGUGUUGGAGUAAAUGGCCUCAAACCUGUCCAUCUUCGGUCCGUUGCCAACCUCUGUGACUGUCUGUACUCGUUUAUCGCGUCUCUGGCCCCGAGCCGUGGUCCGAGACGUCUGGAGGCCUGAGAAAUGGUAAC